CCGGCGGCGUUCAGUGGCUCUGCCGCUUCGGCCGGAGGAGGCGGAGUGGGAAGGGGUGGGGCGUGCUCGCCGCCCCGCCCAGCGAGGUGGGGCCUCCAUCCCCGCCCGGCGCUGCCGGGGAGAGCGACCAGGGCCGGCCUGCCUGCCUGCCUGGGGACCCGCCGCCUCCGCCGCCGCCGUCGUCAUGUUCUCCCUCCGAGCCCCCAAAGCCACCUUCAAGUCCUACCUGUUGCCGCAGGCUGAAGACAAGAUCAUUCCGGAACCUCGACUUAAGAAACUGGAGCCUAUCCUACUGCCAGGUGAAAUUGUGGUGAAUGAAGUGAACUUUGUGAGGAAAUGCAUCGCAACGGAUACGAGCCAAUAUGACCUCUGGGGAAAGCUGGUCUGCAGCAACUUCAAGAUAUCCUUCAUUACAGAUGACUCCAACCCUCUUCAGAAGUUCCAAUACAGAAACCUUCUCCUAGGAGAACAUGAUGUUGCCUUGACAUGUGUAGAGCAAAUCGUCACAGUGAAUGAUACCAAGAGGAAGCAGAAAGUCCUCGGCCCCAAUCAAAAGCUGAAGUUUAAUCCAACGGAAUUAAUUAUUUACUGCAAAGACUUUCGGAUUGUGCGGUUUCGUUUUGAUGAAGCUGGAUCGGAAAGUGCCAAAAAGGUGUGUCUUGCAAUAGCACACUACUCGCAACCCGCAGACCUCCAGCUGCUUUUUGCAUUUGAAUAUGUGGGCAAGAAAUACCACAAUCCAGUAAAAAAGGUGAAUGGAAUAGACCCUGGAGGAGGAGGAGGAGGUGGGGGUGGUCAUCAUCAGACUCCCUUGUUUGAAACUUUCUCAGACUGGGACAGAGAGAUCAAGAGAACGGGAGCAUCCGAAUGGCGUGUGUGUUCGGUCAAUGAAGGUUACAUGAUAUCCACCAGUCUUCCAGAAUAUUUUGUGGUCCCCUCCUCUCUGGCGGAUCAAGAUCUGAAGCUGUAUUCUUACGCUUUCACCGGACGACGGAUGCCAAUGUGGUGUUGGAACCAUUCCAACGGGAACGCUCUGGUGAGGGUGGCCCAUAUCAAGGACAGCUUGCAGCAACGAAAAAUAGACCAACGGAUUUGCAAUGCUGUCACCAGAAGUCAUCCACAGAGGAGUGACGUUUACAAGUCUGACUUAGAUAAAUGCCUGCCAAAUGUCCACGAAAUCCAGACGGCUUUCCUGAAACUGAAGCAGUUAUGUGUGAAUGAGCCUUUUGAAGACACUGAGGAGAAGUGGCUUUCCUUGCUGGACAAUUCACGUUGGCUGGAGUACGCAAGAAUCUUCCUGAAGCAUGCUGCAGAACUGGUCUACAUGCUGGACAGCAAACAUGUUUCAGUAAUAUUACAAGAAGAAGAAGGGCGAGACCUAAGCUGCUGUGUGGCGUCUCUUAUCCAAGUGAUGUUGGAUCCCCAUUUUCGGACCAUCGCUGGAUUUCAAAGUCUGAUUCAGAAGGAGUGGGUCAUGGCAGGACACCCGUUUCUGGACAGGUGCAAUCACUUGAAGAAAUCUGAAAAAGAGUCUCCUUUGUUCCUGAUGUUCCUUGACUGUGUCUGGCAGCUACUUGAGCAGUACCCAUCGGCCUUUGAGUUCUCUGAAGCUUACUUGACCAUACUGUACGACAGCACACGGAUCUCACUGUUUGGUACUUUCCUCUUCAAUUCUCCACAUCAGAGAGUAAAGCAAAGCACGGAAUUUGCCAUCAGCAAAAAUAUUCAGCUGGGUGAUGAGAAAGGGCUGAGAUUUCCUUCCGUUUGGGAUUGGUCCCUUCAGUUCACAGCGCGGGAUCGCCUGCUCUUUCACAACCCCCUGUACAUUGGGAAGAGCACACCCUGUGUGUGCAACGGGACCGUGAAAAGCUUUAAACGAUCAAAGAAGAACUACAGUUCAACCCUCAGAGGUCUCCCAUCUUCCUUCAAGAAUGGACUCAUCAACGAACAGGACUUCCUCCCCAGGAGAAACUCCCUGAUCCUCAAACUGAAACCCGACUUCCUUCAUCACAUGGACAACACUACCAACGGCAUGGAGCAGUAUUUCCAAGACUGGUUCUCCAAGCCAACGGACCUUCACGGUGUGAUCCUGCCCCGCCUCUCCGGGACACAGAUCAAGCUCUGGAAACUCUGCUACUUCCGUUGGAUCCCCGAGGCCCAGAUCAACCAUGGGGGUUUCAUCACAGCCUUUCACAAAAUUUCUCUGUUGGCCGACGAGGUGGAAACCUUGAACAGGAGCUUGAGGCAGCACAACAGAAGUUCCCGGCUAUUGGCCAACGCACCUGAGCAGGACCAGAGUCGCCUGUACUUCCGAGCCCACGGGCUCAGUGACGGCUCCACCACGCCUGACUUUCUCUCGUCCGCUUUUCCAUUCUCCCCUGUGGGCAACCUCUGUCGGCGCAGCAUCCUGGGCACGCCCCUGAGCAAAUUCUUGAGCGGUGCCAAAAUUUGGUUGUCCACCGAGACCCUUGCCAACGAAGACUAACCCUAGGAGCCAGCGAAGAAGAAGAAACGGCAGUCUUAACACGACACCGCUAGCCGGAAGCUGUCCUAACUUUAUAGACCACAUUGAUGUUUUUGCACAAAGUAUUUAAAGGCAAAAUCCUCAUGUUUUCAUAAUGCACAGGUUAUUAUUUUUGGUUUAGUUUGGUUUUAACGUUGCAACCGAUCCGUUGAUCGUCUUCUUGUUUCACCCGUGAUUCUUCCUGCUGUCUUGGUUGAUAGGACUCGUGCUUUUUGAAGUUGAUUCACCCUCCUGAUGCACAUCGAAGGUUGGGCUUGAUGAUUGUGCUUUAUUUCUGUUUGUGAGGCUCCUCUGUUUGAGUUGACAGCUGAAGCCUGCAGCUUGACAAGCGGGAAUGAAGGGAGAGAAAUAGCAAAGAAAACAAAAGAGAGAGAGAGAGAGAGAUUUGCGGGGUGACUAACCAGUGCAAAAUACUAGAGCAAUAUAUUUUUCCCCCCUCAGGUGGUAAGACCAAUCUCAUGAUGAUUUAAAAGUUCACAUUGCUGUGAAUUUCAGCCAGAACUUUUACAGUUCCAUUCAAGUAAAUUAAAUUAACUUUAUGCCUCCCUUUUGAUCAUCAAUGGUUACGUUUGGCCCAGCUCUCUUAUUUAUUUAUUUAGAGUUUGAGAUUGCCUUGUAGUUUACAAAAAUCUGCCUCCAGAAUUGCAUAUGCUGCCAAUGAGUUGAUGCUGGUGUGACAGUUGGUGUCUCUUAGCUGAUUAAAAUCAAGAAACUAGUUGGAAAAAUCUUAUGGCUUUAACCUGGUUAAAGGAUAAAGAGAAAUAACUGCCCAUAUUGGCUCCAGACAUUGUAGUUUGGGACCGUUCUAUCAGCAUGUAUGCAAAAACAACAUUUUUUUAACACUAACCUUAAAAGUGCCUUUUCUUGCAUUGACGUUAAUAUUUGCCUGGAACUCAGUUAUAUUCAUUUGAUAAGCUAACAUUCUGCCUCUUGAGGUAGCCCGUUUCCAGUCCCCUUCAUAGUGAUUUCUGGAGGUGCUUUAAAGAUUAUUAUCCUCUAGCCAGGAAAAGAAAUCUUAACUGACAAAUUGUUGAGUAUUAACUGACUGUGAAUGGGCCAUGGAUGGGCUUGGUCAGAAUCAGCAUACUUGGAAGGAAAUAUUGUUUUUUAUAUAUAGUUAGGGACUCUUUUUUUUUUUUUUUUUACAAUUUAGUUCAGUGUUUCUCAACCUGGGCUACUUUAGGAUGGUGGAUUUCAACUCCCAGAAUGGCUGGGGAAUGCUGGGGGUGAGGGCCACUCAUCUUCACGUUGCGGGGAUUGAGAAGCACCAGUUUAGGUUGAAUUCAGCCAAGAUGUUGGUAGAAUUCUUUAAGAGCCCCAAAGGUGUCAUGAUUGCAGGAUCUGAGGGGUAGUGUGUGUGUGUGGGGGGAGGGGGAUUUUAGGAGGAUUUGGGGCAAUCUGGACAUGCCAGGGACAUUCAGUCGUGUCUUGUUUGAGCAGGUAGAAGUGUUUUGAAAGAUGAGUCACCGCUACCAUCCUGUACUGGGAAGAUGGCUUCAAGGCCUAGUCAGGAGGCCACGGAAACCUCUUCUGUUUUGUGAGAUGAAUAGUUCUCUGGAAAAUGUCUUGUGUUCGGCUCCAUUGGGAGAAGAGAACACCCACAAAGGUUCUCAAAUAUUUUAGGUACUGAUGCUGAUCCAACAGUAGACAAAUAGCACAUAGUCACAGUUCUGCUGUUUGGGACAAGGAAAGAUUGGAUCCCAUUUGAUCUCCUUCCUCACAAAAUAGACCUUUUAACGUGCGCUGUGUGGGGCAACCUGGGGAUCAAGCCUACCGUUUGCAACCUGUCUAACCAUUGUUGAAUUGGGGUCCCAUUAUCAAGUCUGUUAUGCUCUCCUCCCCUCCCAACCCCCAACUGUCUCUGCAGUUGGUCACCCAGCUGCUGAUCAUUCAAGGACAUUAAUUACAUAACUGAAGUCUCUUUCUGAAUCAUCUUAACCAUCUUCAAUGGAGCAAAAGUUUAAUUUUCUUAACUGUUGAGUUCCUUCCAUCCAGGAUUUUUCGUAGGGGUGAGGGAAAUCAAUUCCUUUUUAUUAAGGUGACUUUCUUAUGGAUUCUCUACUUAAAAUGCUUUAGUCUUAAUGGCAUUUCAGAUGUAUCAAAUUUUGCUAAUUAAAGUGGGAUGAGUAUAUAUAUUUUGCAAAAAAAAAACAACCGAUAACUAUGUAAGGUGAUUAACUUUUGAGAUGUGUAUUGUAUGUAUGCCUGACCCUCUUUUUACAGGAAUUUUUUAAUUGUGCAUUUUUGUAACGUGUGACUUUCCUUUUUUUUUUUUU